AUGGAAGAUCCUACUACCACAAUACACUACUUUGUUGACACAUAUCUCAGUAUCGUGUUCGUCCAUGGCCUCACAGGUGGUCGCGAUUCCACCUGGACCUACAAACCCACAUCGAUCUUUUGGCCCCAAGAUCUCCUCGCCAAGGAUCUGAAAGAUGUGCGCAUCUUGACGUUCGGCUACGAUGCAGAUGUACUCAAGCUCCUUAACAUCGCUGGUGGAAACACGGUCCGCGACCACGGAAAGUCUCUGGCGCAGGAUGUCUCGCUACGAAGAGCAGAAACGAACUCGAUCGAACGUCCCAUCAUUUUCAUAGCGCAUAGCCUAGGCGGUUUGGUAGUAGAGCAGGCCUUGCUCAUCUCCCGUGGUACUUCGCAACCGCACGUGAAGUCCCUUCUUCCUAGCACAGUCGCAAUAGCCUUCAUGGGCACGCCACACCUUGGCUCUCGCAAGGCAGAUUGGGCGGCGCCGCUCACAGCACUGUCCAACCUCUUCCGCAAGACGAAUAAGGACAUCGUUGCAGUACUUGAGCCCGGAUCAGAAAUGCUAUCAAAUCUCCAACAGGAAUUCCACACUAUGCUCGAGGACAGACGAAGGAAUGAAGGCAAGUGGCUGGAGAUAUUUUGUUUCUAUGAGGAAUUGUCAUAUCCGGGUAUCGGCGAUAUCGUUUCUCGCCAGUCGGCCAUCCUACCCGAGUAUCCUAAUGCUAGCAUUCACCAAAAUCAUUCUGAUAUGACGAAAUUCGGCGGCGUAACGGAUCCAGGCUAUGUCAGGGUGCGAGGACAGUUGUGGUUGUGGGUGGAUGCCAUUGAUAAACGGAAGGGUGUCGAACGGGCGGAGGAGCACGUCGGGCAGCAAGUGUCUCACACAUCCGGGGAAACAUGUCCACCAGAACACCUCAUCCAAACUCCACGACAAACACACCAAGACGAAACAGCAUACGACCCGGUUCGUAACACAAGUACUACUGCAUCACCUAGCAGCGGUGGUGGCAGAGUUGCUAUCAGUCAAUCAGUCAGUUGUCAGUUCAUCUUUGCGGUUCAAACUGUCAGUCUGGAGGUAGUGAACUGA